AUGUCUUUCUGGAUCUGCUGCAACUGCUGCUUCCUCCCCCCCGGUGCCGACAGGAAGUUGGCUCUGACGACAUGUGGUCACAUCAUCUGCAGUGUGUGUUUCCAGAAAGGCACGCAAGGAAAAUGUUUAACAUGCAAAACCAGCUGCCAAGUGUCACCUCUCUCUGACAAAAGCAGCUCAGAGGUGAAGGCCUUGUUUUCUGACGUCGGCGUGUUGGCAACCAAACACUUGACGGAAAUAAGCAAAGUUAUAAUGUUCCAGGCGAGACAUCAGAAGAGACUGUUGACUCACUACCAGCAAAGGAACGAGAAAUUAGAAGACGCAUUAGUCAAGAUGAAACAGGAAAUGCAGCAGAUGUCAAAGAAGCUGAAUGAACAGAGCGCCUACAUCGCAAAACUAGAAAACUGUCUUAAGCAUCAGAGUGUCAGAGCUUCAUCAGUGUCUCAAAUGAGCCACAGUUCUCAUACGCCACAUGGACACAAUCCAGUGAUGCAGAUCCAAUAUAACUCCCCCAUCUGCCUCUCACGACACUCCUCGUCCACCAGCGUCACGGAAAACCUGGAGGUGGAUGAAAGAAGCCUGUUCAGGAAAGUAAGUUAAAUUAUUUCGCCAAACCCCAAGACUGUACCACGACUGUCAUUAAUCAGUUCUCCACAGGCUGAACGCAUGGGCUCCGUCUCUCACAGAUCAUCCAAUCAGAACACACUGGCCAACCACUCUGCUCGCUCAGCGACAGUCAGUCGUUUCCAGGGAGCACCAGUGACACCAGACCUUUCAUACGGCCAGAGCUCAGGAUGGACGUCUCCCAUCUUCACACCUCUGUCCUCCUUCAGACACUCCAUGUCCUCCCUGGUCGGCCCUCCUCCCUAA